CAUUCACAUAUACAGAAUUCCAUUCACAUUUUCAAGGUUUUUUUUAUCUACUCCUAAUGAAGGGAAUCAUUUCUGAAUGACAGAGAUUUCGGCUUAUUUCUGAAUACAAGAACAGAAAUGAUCUAUACUAUGUAUAUUUGUUGUUGCUAGGGUAGCAGGAGGAAAGAAAAAAAUGAAUGCAGUGUGGAUGCUGUAGCAGGUUUGCAGUGUGAUGAAAAGCUAUUCUGCAGAUCACUAGAAAUCCGCUUUUACAAUGAAUAGGAUAUUUCCAUUCAUCACUACUGGGAUCAGAGGAAGUGACUUGCAGCGUUCACUGAGCCUUUUGUUGAAAAGGGUCCUUCUCAUUUGUGUGAGUCAUGCUUUUGCUGUGAGAGGCUUGGCAGCUCUGAGCAGGACUGGGAUCUGUCUCUUGUACAAAAAACUAUCACUUCACCCACCUUGACCAUGGAACCUUAAGCAAAAUUCCUUUGAAAUUUUUUCUUAAAAAAAAAAUCCUCUUCCCUCCCAGCCAAUUUUUUACUCUCCAUCGUUGAUAUUCUGAACCACCUGCUAUGUUAGCACAGAAGUUCCCUGGUUUGCCAGAACAUAUGCGAGGCUCGAGAUAGAAGGGCAUGCUUCAACGUACCAAGUAUAACCGCUUCAGGAAUGAUUCCAUGACAUCGGUUGAUGAUCUUAUCCAUAAUUUGUCCAUGAACAGCAAAGUCUCAUCAAUUGCUACAACACCAUCACCGUACUUGGUCUCGCCUGAGGUUCUCCAGAAGGACCAAGAUGGACCCACCACCCUUUGCACUCUUAUGCACAAAGUGUCCCACUUGAAACUCUCCCACACAGGCAGCCUUUUGGGCAUCAAGAACCUCUCCUCUGCAGUGAAGGAGCUUGCUGUCUCCAAGUUGCAGGGUAGCUCGGCAGCGGAGGCUUCAGACAACACAUGUAAUCUUGUCUCUGCCACUUCAUCUUCUCAGCAGGACAAGAGCAAGAUGAAUACAGGGAAAAAAACAUGGUCAGAGGAAAUGCACCUGGGAGGUGAAGACUGGAAUCAAGGUAGCAAUGUUGCCAACAAAGUCUCCCAAGGGUGGCUGCAUUCAAAUGAGAAGAUCCUGGGACCUGGAGUGACAUACAUUGUGAAGUACUUGGGAUGUAUAGAGGUCUUACGUUCCAUGAGGUCCCUUGACUUCAACACUAGAACACAGAUUACAAGGGAAGCAAUCAGCCUUGUUUGUGAAGCUGUGCCAGGAGCCAAAGGAACCUUUAAAAAAAGAAAGCCACCAAGUAAAGCUCUCUCUAGUAUCUUGGGGAAGAGCAACCUUCAGUUUGCAGGAAUGAGCAUUACUCUGAAUAUAUCUACCACCAGCUUAAACCUGAUGACACCUGAUUCCAAACAGAUUAUAGCAAACCAUCAUAUGCAGUCUAUUUCUUUUGCAUCUGGCGUAGAUGUGGAUACAACAGACUAUGUUGCCUAUGUAGCUAAGGAUCCUGUGAAUCGUAGAGCUUGUCAUAUCCUCGAAUGCUCUGAUGGCCUGGCCCAGGAUAUUAUCAGUACCAUAGGACAGGCAUUUGAACUUCGUUUUAAGCAAUAUUUGCAGUGCCCCUCAAAGAUUCCUGCUCUUCAUGAUAGAAUGCAAAGUUUGGAUGAACUUUGGAUGGAAGAAGAUGGUGAGGCAGCAGCAGAGCAUCCCUAUUACAACAACAUUCCAAACAAAAUACCUCCCACUGGGGGCCUAGUGGGUGCAAGGCUCAAAGCCAAGUUCCCUUCUGUUUCAGAUCCUACUCAGUCUGCAUCAGCAAUGGGAAGGGAGCAAACUUACUACCAGAGCCAGCACAUAAGAGACUUAUUUGGUGAAGACCGGCAACAGGGACCCAGCAGGCAAGGGUCUUUGGACAUUUACAGCCUGCCGGAAGGAAAAUCUAAUGUAACCACACCAAGAGAAGUAGCAACCUACGUGAAUACACAACAUAUAAAUAUGGGCACUCUUCAGACUCUUCAGGCAGAUGCUGAAAAUCUGUUUAGUGGAACGAUAGAAAGUACCAAAGACAGCAGCCCAGGAAAAGAUCUUUUUGAUAUGAGCCCUUUUGAAGAUGCUCUCAAGAACCAAACCCCUGUGCCCAUUCUGAACAAGGCUACCUCAGUCGAACGUGCCAGCCCUUUCCCCUCUAGAGCAGCUGGUGUAGUCGCAGCAGCAGCAGCAGCAGCAGCAGAACUGAGCACAGAACCCUGGUAUCAAGGGGAGAUGAGCAGAAAAGAAGCAGAACAGCUCUUAAAGAAAUGUGGAGACUUCCUGGUCAGGAAAAGUACCUCCAAUCCAGGCUCCUAUGUGCUGACUGGGUUACAUAAUGGACAAGCCAAACAUUUGCUCUUAGUGGAUCCUGAAGGAACUGUGCGUACAAAGGAUCGCGUAUUUGACAGCAUAAGCCAACUUAUUAACCACCACCUGGAAAACAAUUUGCCAAUUGUCUCUUCUGGGAGUGAACUCUGCCUCCAUCAGCCAGCAGAGAAAAAUCAGUGACUCCCCCCACCCUCACCAUGAGAUGUGCAGCUAUUGUCUCUCACAACCAGGAAGAACUGCAUACCUGUGUCCGUAGGGGAAAAAAUCUCCUGUUCAUGUUUUCUCUAGGUUAAAGAAACACUAUUCCACAUGGUACCAAGAGGAAUAAAAUUCUUACAGCUUUCCAGGGUCAGUAAAGCCUUGUUAAAAAAUAAAAAGCAGGGGGAUUUUUUUUCUUAAAAAUUAUGUAAUCAAAGUGUUCCUGAUUCCUUCAUAUGAAUAUUGACUGUGUAAAUACACACACAUUCUAUACAGAUAUGGCAGACAUUUAUAUUUUUGAAGUCAGUGUGCUGAAGAUAUAAAGCAAAAACAAAAAUGUUCUGUUCCAUGCAUUUUUAACUGAAGAAAAGAUGUCAAUUGUGGGUGAUUAUCCAGAUUAAAAGAUAAAUACCACAGGUCUUGUUUCCCUGAGAAAAUUGAUACUGGAAGUCUCACAAGUAGUUUUUUUGAUAAAAUAAGCACAAAAAUAGAAAGAAAACAGACAAACUACGAUUAAAUAAUGAAUGAGGAAAAAUAACCUUAUGAGCUCAUAUUUCAACAGGAAAAGUUAGUUUGAAGCAACUUUUGCAAACUUUAUUCAUUAUCUCUUAAGUACAAAAGCAUUUUUUCUCUUUCUGAUGUCCCAUUUAAAUUCUUAUAUAAAUGCUACUCCAAAUUGUUUGUAACUUGUUUUGACUUUGACUUGAUGUGAUCUUUCUGUGUAUGAGGUGUAUGCAUUGAUUUUUCUAAUAUCUCUU